AUGUCUACCUUUGAUGGGAUUGGACUCGAGUCCUUCCGAGCGCCCUUCAUCUACUGCUCAGCAGCCACACGCGAGCUACUCCUACGGAUCGAAAAGUAUCCUCAUCGGAUGAACUUCAGUAAAGGCAUCCUCGAAUCGCGCAGACUGCACUACAAGCACCUGUCCAAGCUGCUGAGGCCCAUUCCAUUAAACACGCCAACAGAGAUCGACCUGACCCCACGGCUGUCCAUCAGGGUCACCCUCCUCGAUGCGAACCAUUGCACCGGUGCAGUGAUGUUUCUGAUCGAGGGCGAGGGGAAUGCCAUCUUGUACACCGGUGAUAUCCGAGCUGAACCCUGGUGGGUCAACAGCAUCAUCCGGCACCCGAUCUUGAUCCCCUACACGUUAGGGACCAGGCAGCUGGACAAGAUCUACCUCGACACCACCUUUGCCCGUCCAUCCCGUAUCUGUCGGGGAUUCCCGUCGAAAGCGGAAGGCUUGGCCGAACUGCUGCGCAAGGUCGAAACCUAUCCCGAGAACACGACAUUCUACUUCCGUGCAUGGACCAUGGGGUACGAAGAAGUCUGGAUGGCUCUUUCUGCGGCGCUUCAUUCCAAGGUACUUCUGCCUGUCUGGGUUCACGUCGAUCGAUACCAGAUGGACCUUUAUAGGUCGCUUGCCUCCUCACGGGUGGAAGGGGGCAUCGACGAGGUGCCCUCGCUCUGUGGGUUUGAACUAGGUAACCGUUUCGUUCCAGGUUGUCUAAGCGAGGACGAGCGCGCUCGAAUACAUAGCUGCGAGCCCGGCGUGCAGUGUUCGGUGGCGAGGUCGAAGGGCACCGUUUACAUCAUGCCGGUGGUCAAUCGGACAAAGGACGGCUCCGAAAUGCCCGAAUUGGGGGCUGGGGGAGGAGGGGGUGAUCUGUAUCAGAUCCACGAGCUCGAGCUGCCUGACAAGUCUGCCUUGGAGCAGCUGGAGAAGCUUUGUUUUGAGCGGAUCCAUGACACCCAGGCAUUAUCGCACACUAGACAGGCCCUUGUUGAGGCUUUCGAGUCGAAAAGAAAGGUGCUACUACUGGACAGCUUCGGCUUGAAGGACGCAGACGAGAUGCCUCUGGAGAAGCUGGUCAAGAUGCUAGGCCGUGGCCGUGCGGUGGAAACACGAUUGCCGGACGACGAACACCCUACGGAAGGCGAGGCGCUUCCCAAAGUCAUCCGCUUCCCCUACUCCCGACACUCCUCGUACUCGGAACUGUGUGAUCUUGUUGCCGCGUUCAAACCGAAAGACAUCCACCCCUGCACCGUCGACCCAGUGACCUGGACCGAAGAGAUCUCCAUGCAGAACCUCUUCGGCCACCUCUGCUCAGGUACCGAGUUUGCUCACGACCAGGUGAUGCGCGACAUGAUUUCCAACGAUGAGGAACUUCUCCCUUCCAUCCUCGUGGCCGACGACCAACGAGCAGGCCUCCGAUGA